UUGAAGGACAAGAAGUGUGAAACUGUCGUGCAGAACGAACGGGCCCGGGAGUUGUCCUACACCGGAAGUCUGCAGCACGGCCCCCUGGAACCCUGCCAGGCGCCAGUCUUCAGCUUUGGCUGGACCACUGUGGGCGAGGGAGAGGGGGGCUCUUCCUUCCUGUGGGCCCCUGUGAGGAGCAAGCUGGGCUGGAACAGGAGGCCCCGGACGGGCUGGGAGGACCGCAGGCCACUCUGUGGCAGCGGGCAUCAGGGCGAGAGUGAUGGCUGGGCCAGGGUGAGCUGGGAGCCGCCGGGGCUGGGGCAGGCUGAGCGGGCAGGAGGGCCAGCGGGCGGGGAGAGGGCCACAGGUCACGGGGGGCCUGGCAGGCCGGGCGGGGGCUCUGUGCCCCCGGGAGGCAGAGAGCCCCCGCAGACGGUGCACAGGCGGACAAACCUGUGCCAGCUGCCUACACCGACCGCGCCGGCAAGCGUGGCAGGCAUCACUAAUCAGUUGCGGCGCACUUUCACGAUGAGCUUGGGCAUGGCCUCGGGGCGCUUCGCAACACAGAAGUGCCCAACGGCUGCCACCAGAACGGGAGCCCACCGCCAGGUGGGAGAGACGAGGAAGCCGCCGCUGCGGGGAGGAAGACUGCGGCUCAGCCUGGAGCGCGGGAACGCUGGCCCCGAGUCUCCAGGGGGCAGCGGUCACCGGGGCGGCAUGAUAGCCAACGCUGGGGAGGGGUGA